GUGCAGGAGUCGCUGAGAGUGUGCUACGAUGCCACGGUGCGCGAUUCGGACGCGUCGGUGAUUCAGUUCAACUACGGCGAGGACUCGAUCGACAUUACCAAGAGCAAGCACCUCGAGCGCUUCUCCUUCCUCUCCAAGAACACGCCCGCGCUCGUCCAGAAGUAUUACUUGACGGCGGCCAGACAAGCGCUUCAGACCAAGCCCACCAAGCGGUACCUUAAGAAGCGGGCGAAGAACGCCAAGCUCAACGAAGAGUCCACGCUCCAAUCCGAGUUCGAGACCUUCCUCCACCUGGGUGCCGUGUCCGAGCGCUACCAGGAGAAGCUCGAAAAGUAUAUUGCGGCGAACCCCGACGGCACGCUCGAGAGCAAGAAGAAGGACAAGAAGAAGCCCAAGUCGCGGAACACGUCGGUCCAGUACUCGGAGACUACGUUCAGGGACCUCAUGUACCUGUACUACCACCGCUGCCAGGCCGACCCGGGCGAGUCCGUAGGCCUGCUGGCCGCGCAGUCCAUCGGCGAGCCCUCGACGCAGAUGACCCUCAACACCUUCCAUUUGGCCGGCCGAGGCGAGGCCAACGUGACGCUCGGUAUCCCGCGUCUGCGCGAGAUCAUCAUGACGGCCUCGCACAAGAUCAAGACGCCCACGAUGACCCUCCCGCUCCACGCGCACGCCGGCCAGAAGGAGGCGCAGAAGCUGGCCGACGAGCUCUACCGACUCACGCUCAACGAGCUCGUGGCCGAGCUCACCGUGACGGAGACCAUCACCUCGUCCGGGUCGCGGUCGCGCCUCUACAACGUCGCGCUCCAGUUCAAGCCCCUCAAGGACUGGCCCGUCGACACCGCCAAGCUCUCCUUCCAGCGGGUCUGCAACGCCCUCGAGGACUCCUUCAUCCCCAAGCUCCUCGGCGCCAUCCGCAAGGAGCUCAAGAUGAAGAAGACCAAGAUCAUCCAGCGGGUGCGACUCUCGGACGGGGACAUCAACCAGGCGAUGAGCGGCGAGAACGACGACGCGGAGGACCCCACCACCCAGCGCAAGAGCACGCGCAACGAGGAGGACGAGUCGGCCGCGCUCGGCAAGGAGAGGAGCCGCAAGCAGGAGCACGCCUCCUACGACGACGCCGAAGAGGAGGAGCUGAGGGAGGUGGCGGAUGCCGGUCGCAAGCAGAAGCACAGCGUCGACUCGUCGCUGUCGGAGAUGAAGACCAGGCUCAAGGGCAAGCAGGACGACGAUGAGCAGACGACUGGCAAGUCCGCUGGACCUCAGAAGGUCGCGCCCGUCAAGGCCACUACGCGUGC